AUGGUCGAACUAAAACAUCAAAUAACGAUCACGGAGCCAAAAUUGUUCGUAACAAUACCAGAAUGCUACGACAUCGUAUCCAAGUCUUUAAAGGCAGCCAACAGUCAAGCAAAAAUCGUCCUUGUUGACAAUGUUAGCAAGCCCGUGCCUGAUGGUGUUGCAAGAUAUUCAGAAGUAGCAGAAUCCGGUGAAGCUGAUUUUGGUCUACUCGAUAAGGUGGAAAGGAAAGGAGAUGAUGUUGCUUGUAUUCCAUUUUCUAGUGGAACAACUGGUCUCCCCAAAGGUGUAGAGAUAACCUAUGACAAUAUUUUAGCUGGAAUAGAAAUUAUGCAUCAAAAAGAAAACUGUUUUCCUCACGUCGCAAAUAGUGAUUUCCAAGAUAUUCUUCCCGCAUUCCUGCCAUUCUUCCACAUUUAUGGACUUGUGAUUGGUCUAAUGGGCCAUCUGUCUAAGGGCUGCAAACUGGUUACAAUGGCUAAAUUCUCAGCGAGUAUGUAUUUGGACAUUUUGAAGACACAGAAAACUACGCUGCUGUAUAUCGUUCCUCCUGUUGCGAUACUCUUGGGCAAGCACCCUGAUGUGAAUGAAGCUCAUUACCGUUCUGUCCGACACAUCAUUUGUGGUGCUGCACCGUUAGCCGCAUCUGAUGUUGAAGCUAUUUUACAAAAGAGUAAACGACCAAUUGAGUUCAACCAGGGCUUCGGAAUGACGGAGACCACGUCGCUGGGUACAUCCACCUUCAAGGGAACGAAGAAUGUGGACUUCAACGCUUGUGGAGUCCCCAUGGCGAGUGUACAGCUGAUGUUUGCUGAUCCUCUUACUGGAAAACCAGUACCUGUUGGCCAAUCUGGAGAAAUGUACAUAAAGAGUCCUACAGUGAUGAAGGCAUAUCACAAAAACCCCAAGGCGACAGAAGAAACGAUGACUAAAGACGGUUUCUUUAAAACUGGAGAUAUGGGUUACUUCAAACCUGGCGUCGGAUUAUUUAUUACUGAUAGGAUAAAGGAACUGAUUAAGGUAAAAGGCAUGCAAGUAGCGCCAGCUGAACUCGAGAGUCUCUUACGAACACAUCCAGCAGUUCAAGAUGCAGCUGUCAUCGGUGUACCUCAUGAAUUCUACGGUGAAGCGCCAAAAGCGUUCAUCAUCAGAAAGAAUGGUCUUAAGAUCACAGAAGAAGAGCUACAGGACUUCGUUGCAAGUAAAGUAGCUGUGUACAAAAAGAUUGAAGAAGUCAUGUUUGUAGAUGAAAUCCCCAAAACUGCGUCGGGUAAGAUUUUAAGGAAAGAAUUGAAGAAAAUGUACGCGUAGUAGUAGAAAACGUUGCUAACUUUGAUGCUUCUGGGGUAUUGUUUGAACCAGAUCUAGAUUCGCUUUGCAGAAAAGAUAUAGAAGG